UGCCAUCCCUGGAGGGUGACGUUCUCUGGCCCUCUCCCUGGGCCUGUGGGCUGCAGUCUUGGCAGACCCUACAACUCCUUCACUUCUUUGUGUCCUAGGCAGCCGAUGAAGAUCGUGUACUCCUCCAAGGAUCCUGCCAAGGCGAAGGGGAGUUCCAAGGAGGAUGUGAACGAGGAGGCAGAAGCUUUGAUUGUCAAGUUCCCCCAGAAGGAGCGGGACCCCUCCCUCUUUAAGGUGUUAUACAAGACCUUCGGGCCCUACUUCCUCAUGAGUUUCGUAUUUAAGGCCAUCCACGACCUGAUGAUGUUUGCUGGCCCCGAGAUCUUAAAAUUGCUCAUCCACUUCGUGAAUGACCAGCAGGCCCCCGACUGGCAGGGCUACUUGUACACGGCGCUGCUGUUCGUCAGCUCCUGUCUGCAGACCCUGGUGCUGCACCAGUACUUCCACAUCUGCUUCGUCAGCGGCAUGAGGAUCAAGACCGCCGUCAUCGGGGCCGUCUAUCGGAAGGCCUUGGUGAUCACCAAUUCAGCCCGAAAAUCCUCCACUGUCGGGGAGAUCGUCAACCUCAUGUCUGUGGACGCUCAGAGGUUCAUGGACUUGGCCACGUACAUUAAUAUGAUCUGGUCAGCCCCUCUGCAAGUCAUCCUUGCUCUCUACCUCCUGUGGCUGAACCUGGGCCCCUCUGUGCUGGCUGGGUUGGCUGUGAUGAUCCUUAUGGUGCCCAUCAAUGCUGUGAUGGCGAUGAAGACGAAGACCUACCAGGUGGCCCACAUGAAGAGCAAAGACAAUCGGAUUAAGCUGAUGAAUGAAAUUCUCAAUGGGAUCAAAGUGCUGAAGCUUUAUGCCUGGGAACUGGCAUUCAAGGACAAGGUGCUGGACAUCAGGCAGGAGGAACUGAAGGUGCUGAAGAAGUCUGCCUACCUGGCCGCAGUGGGGACCUUCACCUGGGUCUGCACACCUUUCCUGGUGGCCCUGUGUACAUUUGCCGUCUAUGUGACCGUCGACAAGAAUAACAUCCUGGAUGCCCAGAAGGCCUUCGUGUCCUUGGCAUUGUUCAACAUCCUCCGCUUUCCCCUGAAUAUCCUCCCCAUGGUCAUCAGCAGCAUCGUGCAGGCAAGUGUCUCCCUCAAACGCCUCAGGAUUUUCCUGUCGCACGAGGAGCUGCAGCCCGACAGCAUCGAUCGGCGGCCUGUCAAAGACGGUGUCAGCAUCACUGUGAAGAACGCCACUUUCACAUGGGCCAGGAGCGACCCUCCCACGCUGAAUGGCAUUACCUUCUCUGUUCCGGAAGGUGCCUUGGUGGCCGUGGUGGGCCAGGUGGGGUGUGGAAAGUCAUCCCUGCUUUCAGCCCUCUUGGCCGAGAUGGACAAGGUGGAGGGGCACGUGGCUAUCAAGGGCUCAGUGGCAUACGUGCCCCAGCAAGCCUGGAUUCAGAAUGAUUCUCUCCGAGAAAACAUCCUUUUUGGACGCCAGCUGCAAGAACAGUAUUACAAGGCCGUGAUAGAGGGCUGUGCCCUCCUCCCAGACCUGGAAAUCCUUCCUAACGGGGACCGGACAGAGAUUGGUGAGAAGGGCGUCAACCUGUCUGGGGGCCAGAAGCAGCGCGUGAGCCUGGCCCGGGCUGUGUACUACAACUCUGACAUCUACCUCUUUGACGAUCCCCUGUCUGCGGUAGAUGCUCACGUGGGAAGACACAUCUUUGAAAAUGUGAUUGGCCCCAAGGGGAUGCUGAAGAACAAGACGCGGAUCCUGGUCACGCACAGCAUCAGCUACCUGCCACAGGUGGAUGUCAUUGUCGUCAUGAGUGGUGGCAAGAUCUCCGAGAUGGGCUCCUACCAGGAGCUGCUGGCCCGGGACGGGGCCUUUGCCGAGUUCCUGCGCACCUAUGCCAGUGCUGAGCAGGAGCAGGACUCAGAGGAUGACAUGCUUACGGGAGUGUCAGCUCCAGCUGUGGGGCCUGCCAACCCUGCCCAAGGCUUUCAUUUUGUUGACACCCCCAUGCUCUUCUUUCCCAGACAGCUCAGCAGCUCCUCCUCCUACAGCGAGGAUGUUAGCAGGCACCACAAUAGCACCGCCGAGCUGCAGAAAGCUGGGGCCAAGGAGGAGACCUGGAAGCUGAUGGAAGCAGACAAGGCUCAGACAGGACAGGUCAAGCUCUCCGUGUACUGGAACUACAUGAAGGCAAUUGGACUUUUCAUCUCCUUUCUGAGCAUCUUCCUUUUCUUGUGUAACAACGUGGCCUCCCUGGCUUCUAACUAUUGGCUCAGUCUCUGGACUGAUGACCCCAUUGUCAAUGGGACCCAGGAGCACACUAAAGUCCGGCUGAGCGUCUAUGGGGCCCUGGGCAUUUCGCAAGGUGUCACCGUGUUUGGCUACUCUAUGGCCGUGUCCAUCGGGGGAAUCUUCGCUUCCCGCCGUCUGCACCUGGACCUGCUGCACAGUGUCUUGCGGUCACCCAUGAGCUUCUUUGAGCGGACCCCCAGCGGGAACCUGGUGAACCGCUUCUCCAAGGAGCUGGACACGGUGGACUCAAUGAUCCCACAGGUCAUCAAGAUGUUCAUGGGCUCCCUGUUCAACGUCAUUGGUGCCUGCAUCAUCAUCCUGCUGGCCACGCCCAUUGCCGCGGUCAUCAUCCCGCCCCUGGGCCUCAUCUACUUCUUCGUCCAGAGGUUCUAUGUGGCCUCCUCCCGGCAGCUGAAGCGCCUUGAGUCGGUCAGCCGCUCCCCGGUUUACUCCCACUUCAACGAGACCUUACUGGGGGUCAGCGUCAUCCGUGCCUUUGAAGAGCAGGAGCGUUUCAUCCACGAGAGUGACCUGAAAGUGGAUGAGAACCAGAAGGCCUAUUACCCCAGCAUCGUGGCCAACAGGUGGCUGGCUGUGCGGCUGGAGUACGUCGGCAACUGCAUCGUCUUGUUUGCUGCUCUGUUUGCGGUGAUCUCCCGGCACAACCUUAGCGCGGGCUUGGUGGGCCUCUCGGUGUCUUACUCCCUGCAGGUCACCACAUACUUGAACUGGCUGGUUCGGAUGUCGUCGGAGUUGGAGACCAACGUUGUGGCCGUAGAAAGACUCAAGGAGUAUUCGGAAACAGAGAAGGAGGCUCCCUGGCAAAUCCAGGAGACAGCUCCGCCCAGCAACUGGCCCCAGGUGGGCCGAGUGGAAUUCCGGGACUACAGCCUGCGUUACCGAGAUGACCUGGACUUGGUUCUCAAGCACAUCAACAUCACCAUCGAUGGAGGAGAAAAGGUUGGCAUUGUGGGGAGGACGGGAGCCGGGAAGUCAUCCCUGACCCUAGGCUUGUUUCGGAUCAAUGAGUCUGCCGAAGGAGAGAUCAUUAUCGACGACGUCAACAUUGCCAAGAUUGGCCUGCACAACCUCCGCUUCAAGAUCACCAUCAUCCCCCAGGACCCCGUUUUGUUUUCGGGUUCCCUCCGCAUGAACCUGGACCCGUUCAGCCAGUACUCGGACGAAGAGAUCUGGAUGUCCCUGGAGCUGGCUCACCUGAAGGACUUCGUGUCAGGCCUUCCCGAUAAGCUGAACCAUGAGUGCGCGGAAGGCGGAGAGAACCUGAGUGUUGGGCAGCGCCAGCUCGUGUGCCUGGCGCGGGCCCUGCUGCGGAAGACCAAGAUCCUCGUGUUGGAUGAGGCCACGGCGGCCGUGGACCUGGAAACAGACGACCUCAUUCAGUCUACCAUCCGGACUCAGUUCGAUGACUGUACUGUCCUCACCAUUGCGCACCGGCUCAACACCAUCAUGGACUACACAAGGGUGAUCGUCCUGGAUAAAGGAGAAAUCCGGGAGUGCGGUGCUCCCUCUGACCUCCUACAGCAAAGAGGUCUCUUCUACGGCAUGGCCAAAGAUGCGGGCUUAGUGUGAGUCUGGAGCUGGCACAGCUGGUCAGAACUGCAGGCCAACAUGCCAGCAUCCUUGAGAACCAAGCCUCCCAUACUGAAAACCAAAAAACCCCUCCAAAACGAAGACAAACCCCCACAAAACCAAAACACGUAGUGGCAGCCACCCACCUAGUCCCCUGCCUGGAAUUGGCUGUGAAGAAACAGGAGAGAGACAGAUGCACCCCACCCAAAACAUGCACACCCUUGCCUCCGGUCCCCGCAAGACACACAUUCUUGCACCCCUGGGAACACAAACUUGUGCCCCCGGUGCUUCCCACAGAGGAAUUUUUGGUAGUCAGACUUCUGGAGGAAUUGGUUUCAUCAAAUAUGCUAGUGACCAAAUCCAGCCAACUGUGUCAGAUCUCUCCAAAGUCUGCAGAUGCUGAGUCUUUGAAAAGCUCCCGUUUUCCAUAGGCCAUUCCUGUCAUCUUUUACAUCCUUGUCUGGUUCUACCCGGAAUGCUUCCUGUCCGCAAGGCUGCAGUCUUGAGGUUGAGGGGCCUGGAGAAAAUCAUUGUCACCACCUGUGGGCAGUGUUCCAGGGGCCUGGAUAAUCCUCCUACCGACAUCUGGUCUUCCAGGUGCUCAGAUGCUGGGAACCAGCACCCCAGCGCUGCCUCCACUGGGACUUGCUUCAGAGGCCAGAGGCAGCCCUGUGCACCCACAUCCCUUGUCCUCAUCAAAGGGACUUGGCGGACAGGUGAUCUGGACCUGGGACUCCAGAUUCUGGGGCCAUCUCUCAUUGCCAACUUUGCUCACCUCCCACCCACUCCACUCUUUCCCUUGUCUUUUCUUUCCUGGCUCUUUUUGCCCAUUGCCGGGGCAGGUUUCUCCUCUUGUUACCUGAAAGCAGUGCACAUCUGCUGAUGGUCAUGAAGCAUUCAGAGUAGGGAGCAUGAGGUACCUCCCGAGUAUCACCAGUUGGUACCAAAAAGAGUUCCCUUGAGUCUUCUCUUUGUGUUUAGGUUUAAAUUUCUCACCCUUGACAUCUGGUUAGCUGCCAAGGGGUGGCUUGGUAGAGAACUUGACAUAGAUACCGAUUCUCUUCCAGGACAAGAAAAGAACCCAUUCACGCAUGUCAGUGAUUUUUUUUUUUUUUUUUAAAUACUGCUCCGGGGAGAAAAACAGUUGUGGGACUUCGAUUUCUUAGGAGGGCCAAGGUGCAGCAUUCCCAGGGAAUAGCCAAAAGCUGGCCUUGCAUUUGACAGUUGCUCUGUGUGUUCCUGGAAGAAAACGGUGAAGCAGCGAACUUCCAAGCCUGGCCUUGAGAUGUCUCAGUUGGAGACCGAAGUGAGACCCAGAAAGCAGCGGGAGCUCACUGCUGCCUGAGGAUCAGACUUGCUGACUCCAAACCCAGAGAAGCAUCUUUCUUCUUUUAGGUGGAAAUAUAUAUUUAUUUUUUUGUAAGUUAUAUCAUCCUUUCGCGUUGGAUAAACCAAGUUUUUCUGGGAGAUCUUUUUGUAAUGCCUUACACUGGAAACGUGAACAUUUGCAAAUAAUUUCAGCAAAAAAAAUAUAUUUUAUUUCUUUCUAAAUGA